AUGCCGAACAGAGAUAACUAUGCAAAUGGCGGCGGCAGCAGCGGUAGUGGCAGUGAGGAAGCGGCUUCAACAGUCGAUUAUGUGUGCCGUGACUUCUUGCGUAAUGUGUGCAAGCGGGGCAAGCGCUGCCGUUUCAAGCAUCCAGAUUCCAGUGAUGUGUCUGACCUUGGAGUGCAAAAGAAUGAAUUUAUUUUUUGCCAUGAUUUCCAGAAUAAGGAAUGUGUGCGUAUUAACUGCAGAUUCAUUCAUGGUACCAAGGAUGACGAAGAGCAUUACAAGAAAACAGGAGAGCUACCUUCUCGCUUGCGUAAUAAGGUUGCAGCUGGACUUGGCUUGUCUCCUACAGACAUAGCUAAUAAAGAUGAGAUUCCUAUCUGCAGAGAUUUCCUAAAGGGCGAUUGCCAGCGCGGUGAGAAGUGCAAGUUUCGGCAUUUCCGCAACAUGCGGAGAGAUUAUGAUUAUCAGUUUGAAUUUUCAAGUGACAGGCAAAGUGGAGCUAUGGCUACAAGUGCAGCUACUGGAAACUUUUCUACAACCACAAACCGUGCUUAUGAGCAUUAUGGCUCCUAUGAUGGCCUUUCUGAACCUGAAUACUAUGCUUCCUCCUAUUAUCGUUAUAGGGAUCGAUUUGAUGAUCCUGUGAUGAAGAGGAGGCGUGUAGGCUAUGAUGGAUACUAUAAUGUAUCCCCAGUUGAGUACCGCAUGUUAGAGGAAGAGAAUGUCAUGCUUCGUAGACGUGUUGAGGAGCUGAAAAAGCAAGUGUCUGUCUUAGCAGCAACUAAUGAAGUGUUACUUGACCAGAAUGCUCAGUUUCGUAGCCAAGCCAAAGUUGUUACACUUAGCACACUGAGUACCACUGCUCCAACUAGUGAGCAAGCUGUAGGGACUGUGACUAACUACAACCACGGCAUUACACCAACCCAAGGGAAUGUGACUAACUACAACCAUGGCAUUGCACAAACCCACACGACAUUAAGCAGUCAGGCACUGCAGCCUCGAGCAGUUACUCAGCAGGAGUUGGUGGCUUCCACUGGUGCCCCUGCUCCUACACAGACCAAUGCAGCCCCUCAGUUAAAUCCUGAAAUUACACCACUUUCUGCUGCGCUGGCACAAACAAUUGCUCAAGGAAUGGCACCUCCACCUGUUUCCAUGGCACCAGUUGCAGUGUCUGUAGCACCUGUGGCAGUUUCCAUGGCACAGCCCUUACCUGGCAUUACAAUGAGCCAGUGCACUGCACCAAUGGUAUCCUAUCCUAUUGCUUCACAGAGUAUGCGAAUAACCGCCAUGCCCCACUGA